AUGACCAGCCGGGGCACCUUGAUGAACUCCCCCUACGACAGCCCCGUGUGGACGCACGCCUUCAGCACGUUCCUGUCUAGCACGGACUUUGGGCAUCCCAGGUUCCGGUUCCACUGGUACUUCGGGUUUGAUGCCGGCGACCCAAUCUACGAUGCCGCUGGCGCUGCUGCGCACCUCCACAAGCAAUUUGGCAAGCUUGCGAUAGAGGAGUUCAGAAGGCAAGGUUUGACUGCUAACGACGUUGAGCACCGCUGGCGUGACGGCAGCUUGAGGCUCAAGGCUAAGCACUACCUGGGAAUGGAGUAG